CAAAAUGAUAACAAGCAUUUCAUUCACAAUACAUUUACGGAAAUAUGUGUUAUUAUAAAUACAGUGGCUUUAAAUUAUUGUUAUUAAAACAAAACACAAAACAGUUACACAUAUUGUGUCAGUCGGACAAUGAGUUUCAGUAACAAUACCGAUGGCAACGCUACUCAAGAGUUGGACUCUGAAGAAAUAGACCCACAAAUAUUGCCACAAUUAAUCGGGGAAAACCAAAUUGGAAAAGGUAGAUUUGGUGAAGUGUACAAGGUGGAUAUAAAGGGUGCAACAAAUCCAUAUGCGGUAAAAGUGAUUACAAGGGUGGUGGAGGGGGAAUGGGACAGGCGUGCUAAAGAAAGGGAGACGAUCUUUCAAACCGCGUACCGGAGCUUAUGUUUACUGAGCAAAUUGUCUCACCAACACGUGGUGCCCAUCAUUAAAACAUUGUGCACAAAUAGUGUUCCCAGAAGCUCCCGGAAUGGCAGGAGUCUCCAGGAAUCGAGGUCUAGCUCCUGUCUCCCGGCGAGGGUCUCGCCUUGA